AUGUCAAAGGACGUUGUGGUAGAACAUCCACCUGUGGUGUCUAAAACUGACUUGGCCUUGCCAGCUAUAAGUAUUUCAGUUGCUCCUCCGAAUAGCAGCUCAGUAGUCAAGCAAGAAACAGCUUUGGCCCAUGUUUCUGGAGCUAAAAUGUCCGAAACGGAGACAACAGCGUGCCUCUCAGUGUUAAUGAAAUUGAUCAAGUAUAAAGAUGGCAAUAUCAGCCCUGCAGCUCCGUUUCUGCAGCCAGUGGAUGCGACACAUUUUCCGGACUACCGUAUUAAAGUUCCGAAUCGGAUGCAUCUAUAUGGUGUUCAGAAAAAACUUCGCAGUGGAAGUUACGCUACCAUUGAUGCGUUUGCGUACGAUAUGCGCCUGAUCUUCUCAAAUUGUUUGGUGUACAAUAGUGAUGUGGUCUUGAGCAAAGUGAUGCGGAACCAUGCCGUGACUCUUAUGAAGCUGUUUGAGAACCAAUUUGCCAAGAUUGGUGGUUCGUGGCCUGGUAUUCCGGAGCGGUGGAAGUGUCACCAGAUUAUUCACGAAAUAUUUGCGCACCGCACGGAUGGACAGGAGACGGCACAGUGGUUUAAAUACCCCAUCGAGUCGUAUUAUGACUCUCCUGACCAAAUUCCGUAUAACUAUUACGAAACGGUAAAGAAACCUAUGGAUAUUGGCACGGUAUCGUCAAGGCUACACCUCGGCGAAUACAAGCACGUGUCGGAAUUUAUAGCAGACAUGAAACUGGUCUUUGCUAAUUGUAUUCGUUACUGGAAAUCAGAUCCUCAAGGACAGACUUACUGGAAGUCUGCGGAGACCCUGCUACAUGUGUUGCACACGCAAAGUGCAAUAUUCAAUUUUUCAUUGAACAACGCUGGAGCAUCCAAAGACAAGCAACGAUCGUCAUCAUCAUUAUCAUCAAAGAUCAAGCCUGCCCCUGCUGUUAUGCAUACCUUCUCCACGCAAAAAGUACUAGCACCAGCUAUGAGCGCGUCUGGUAACAAGCACGAAGCGAUUGUGAAGAAGGCGUCGUCUAAGUCGUCUAAGUCGUCAAAGUCUUCAAAGUUUUUAAAAUUGUCAAAGUCGCGUGAGUCAAGCGGAGGGUUACCUGAAAAAGACAUAUGCUUGGGAAUUAUGAAGCAACUACGUGGUCACAGAAUGAAGGGGUUUGGUGGAAUUGAGAUCAAGACGGCUGGUCCUUUUUUGACUGCUGUAGAUACUUCAAAAUAUACGGAUUAUCUGACGAUCGUCUCGGAGCCGAUGGAUUUUGCUAAGAUUGAGCGCAAACUAAAAAGCGAUCGGUAUGGCAGUAUCGACGAGUUUAGCGCUGACGUGCAUUUAAUCUUUUCCAACUGUCACAAGUACAAUAGUGAUCCAGUGGAAGGUGCGGACAUCCGAGCAAUGGCCACGAAUCUGCGCAACUAUUUCGUGAAACUUUGCAACGAUCGAUUGGGUCCCCUUGACGGUAUGGUAAAUGAACCAGCUAACACAUCAACCCUUUUGGACCAGACACCGUCGCUCCUAUCAUCUCUAGCUGCAACAGAAGCAAAGCCCGCAGCCCUUGCACCAAUUAUUGAAGCCAAAGCGCGUCCUGCCGUCGCCUCGACAGGGUCUACUUCUUUACAAAAGCUACCGAAGAAAUCUCCUGCCUCUUCUCCCACCAAGAAACCGCUAUCUGUUUCUUCUGUGGCGAUUGCUAGUAUCGCUACCUCCGCUUGUGACCCAAAGAAGCACAUUUUAUCAAGUAAUAACAGAAAAGCGCUGAAGGCAGAUGUUGCUGUUGUCGCAACGUCAUCACCAGCAGCUCCAGUGAAACCAUUGGUUCAAGUGAAAGCACAACCGACUUCUCUUUUGGCGACUUCUUCAGUUGCCAUAGGCAAGGACGUGCCUCAUGAUAGUGGUACAAAUGUGACAGGGCUUUUUCUUGAGGAAGCGAAACGAUUGCGCAAGGAGAUGAAAGAGAAGAGGAGAAAGGAGAAGAAGGAGAAGAAAGAGAAAAAGAAGAAAGACAAAGAGAGAAAGCGCGAGAAAAAGGAAAAGAGAGAACGAAGCAAGGUGUUAAGCUCUGUCUUACAGGAGAGUGGAUUAAAUGUCCAGGAAAGUUCUUCACCGGGAACAGCUCCACCCCAACCUGUCUUGACCACUGCAGCGGCAUCGCAUGCGCUGCCUAUCAGUGAGACGAUCACUUGUGGUACCAAUAUACAAUCUGCAGCACCUGCGACUGCAUCGGCAGCGAUUGCCUCGAAAAGAGGCAUGGUGGAUACUUAUCUUGAUUCUAGUUUGGUACCGACCAAAAAAAGCAAAAAACACAAGAAGUCGGACCUAAUCUCGUGGGAGAUUUCUUGUGACCGUGUACUGAACCGUUUGGGCAAGAUUGAGCAAGUGGGUAAAUUACACUUCAACCACCCUUUGCUAGAGGUAUUCCCACAGCUUGCUAGUGAGUACACAAACCUGAUUAAAGAGCCAAUGGACUUGCGCACAUUGCGUGAACAGCUGCAUGCUCAUACACUGACCCAAGCAGAAUUUUUGCGAAAAGGUCGUCUGAUCUUUCAAAAUGCUGUCAAGUUUAAUUGUGCCGAUGAUCCAGCUUCGACUCAGGUUCGCGACAUGUCUGCGCAUUUAUUAUGGUACUUUGAUUCGUUAUGCGCCGAGCUGCAAAUUCAUCCGACGCCAGGGGAGCAGAGUCGUGCGAAGCGGGAUCAGUUGCGGCAGGAACGUGCAGAGUUUGUGAAGGCUGUGCCGGUUGAGCUUAAAGCCAAAGAGUGCCAAAAAAUGCUACGAGUGCUGAAUAGUCAAAAGCAUGACAAGAAUUGUUGGCCGUUUCGUAAGCCUGUCCGUGUAUUGUUUCCGGCACUAUCGCCGGACUAUUUCGACAUUAUCAAGACGCCUAUGGAUUUGUCAACUAUAGCGGACAAGUUGAAUGAGUUUGAGUAUAAAGCGCACGGCGACUUUAUUCGCGACGUACGGUUGACGUUUGAAAAUGCCAUGAUUUACAACCAUGCUGAUAAGAAUCGCGAGGGAUGGAGCGUGUAUGCAGCUGCCAGGCACAUGCUAGCUGUCGUGGACGAUCUAUGGGGAGAUGUGACGCUAGAAGUGACUGAAAAAACUCGCCGUUGCGAAUUAUUGCGCAAAGAGCGCAUGAAUGAGUCAAAGCGAAAGCGAAGUGAUGCUUGUGAGGUCCUUGGCGAGAUUGAAAAAAAAGUUCACCGAGACGUUUUUACUCCGAAUGGCGACAGUGACUUUGGGAACAAGCACAGCAAGUAUCAUCACAAAAGCAGCAAACACCAAGUCGAGGAAGGUGCUGUGUCUGCCGGAACCCCAGCAAGCUCUUCCAUGCCCAAAAAGAGCGUGAGCUUUAGAGCUCCUGGUGCCACUGCCACUUCUGUUGUCGGAACAAUAGUUGUCGGAGGUGGAAGUGUCUCGCGCGAUGAUGCUAAUGCUAAUGCUACGGAUGCGACAGCAACCCGGGUGAAAUUGCAACUUAUGCCAAACAGACUAAACAUGGAGCGCAUGAACAAACAUGAGCGUAAGGCCGAAGAAAAAAGACGGAAGCGAGCUCGGCGUGAAGAGGAAAUGGCGCGGACGGAGAAGAGGCGUCGCACUGCUGUUGCAGCUACGGAUGAUGCGUUGCGUGAGGCCGAGAUCCGAAGUCGUCGUAGGCUUCAGAAGUUGGAAAUGGCCGAGGCAGUGCGUCUGCGUGAAGAACGCGAACGCCGCUUUGCAGAAGAAGAAGCUGAGCGUGCUCAUCGGGCCCGGAUGAAGCUAAACGCUGCUGCCUGGACUGGUGUAUUGGUACCAGCUGCAAGUGCAGCAUCGAGAAGAAGGACGGGCUUCUGGGCAAAGAAACAUACAAAAUUGCAAAUUCCCACGGCAUUUCAACCACCAGCUAUUAAUGCUUAA